CUUGCGCCAGGGUGAUUUCCAUCAAGCUAUGCACAGCUACGAACAAGACGUGUUGGACAUGCAGGAAGCUGUUAGAGAACUGAGUGGCAACAGGAGUGAACGCGAGCUAUGCAAAGAGGAGAAGCUCUUGCCUCCUCUGCGGGAAUUCAAGAACAUCCACGUCGUAGCAGAGCACAUGUUUUUGGGAGUUCAACAGAUUGACCUCCAAAUUCCUCUUGUGUAUACUCAACAAGACGUGGAUAGAAUCAAGCCAGUGCCAUGUGGAGAGACGCAAACGUGCAAGGCCAUCAAAUGGGAUGAAGCAUUGAAUCCGGUUUUGAUCACCAUCGUGAUUGUAAACAUUCUGAUGUUCGCCAUCCUCGGCAUGAUUACGUUCCUACCAAGACUAAACGUUCUCUAGAUUAGGGGAAAUUUGUGACUUAGCUACUGCUCCUUCGGCAUUGUACAUUAUUUCAUAAACGCUUGUAACAUAUG